AUGGCCCACCUGAAGACCUAUAAGUACCAAAGUGUAGACGAGUCGUGGAUAUCAAAUCACAUCCUGCGCCACUACUGGAAUGCCGCUGUCAAGCUCCUUCCCAUGUGGCUUGCCCCCAACAUGGUGACGCUCUUGGGUUUCUGUUGCAUCUUGGUCAAUAUCCUGUUGCUGUGCAUCUUUGUUCCGGAUCUCGUGGGCCCGGCACCACCUUGGCUCUGUUUCAGUUUUGCACUGGGCUUAUGGAUGUACUCAACAAUGGACAACAUCGACGGCAAACAGGCCCGCCGAACCGGCACAUCCAGUGGUCUUGGAGAAUUGUUUGAUCACGGCAUCGACUCACUCAACUGCACGCUGGGCAGCCUGCUCGAGACGGCUGCGAUGGGUCUGGGCCAUUCCAAGAUCGGCGCCUUUACAGCACUCGUCCCUUGUCUGCCCAUGUUCUUCUCCACCUGGGAGACGUACCACACUCAUACUCUCUUUCUCGGAGCCUUCAACGGUCCGACCGAGGGUCUGAUCCUUGCAUGCUUUUUCAUGGUGGUCUCAGGCGUCGUUGGUCCUCAAUUCUGGCAACAUCGAAUCGUCGAUUAUAUUGGCUAUCCGGAACUAUUCGGUGAGACGGUAUUGCUCGACCUUUGGGUCCCCGUCGUCCUUUUCGCCUUCUUUGUGGCCCAUCUGCCUUCGUGCAUAUACAAUGUCUACCUGGCGCGAAAACGACAAAACCUUCCGCUAUGGCCCGUCUUCCUCGAAUGGAUCCCUAUGAUAAUCUAUACCGCCUCCGUUUGUGCAUGGUGCGGAUCCCCUUACUCAAUUCUCCUACAAGAGAAGCAUCUCAUCAUAUUCUGCCUAACGCUAUCCUUUGUCUUUGGUCGGCUCACCACAAAGAUCAUUCUCCACCACUUGACGCGUCGAGCAUUUCCGUACUUCACUGUCGCACUGGUUCCAUUGGCCGGCGGGGCGAUAAUGGCCUGGCUUCCCCUGGUUGGACUUGCGCCAAUCCCCGCCAAGUACGAAAGGUGGUACCUCUAUGGCUGCUUUGCAUUCGCCAUGGUGCAGUAUUUCGUAUGGGCGGUGCGGGUGAUCAAUCGCAUCUGCGAAGUCUUGGACAUCAACUGUUUGACAAUCAAGAAAAAGACUGAUCAGAGGGAGCAAAUUACGUUCACGACCAAGGAAUUCAAGGCCAAGGGGUAUGAGAAUGGAGACCUGAGCCAGACGAAGAAGGAGUAG